AACGCCAUCUACUACCAGGAGGCGGCGGAACUGGCUGUGGGUUACCACUGCUCCUGCCGGCACAGCAUGGGCGGGCAGCAUUGUCACGGUAGUGGUGGGCAGCGUGGCGCGACCAAGCCCUGAGGCGAAGGCCAUGUCGGCAGGCCAGGAGGUGCUAGUGGUGGUGUUCAGCACCGCUAUGCCCGUGCUGGUGUUGGAAUUGGUGUUGGUGAUCGUGUGCAUGAAGCGGAAACGUGUACGUGACUGCCCGUGUCGGGAUGAGGAGGCGCGGCGUCAGAACGAGCAGAACAUGGUGCACAACGCUGUGGGCGCCGUCAACAGUGUCUGGAUCACCACAUGAUCUAUUCCCUAAACUUCCCCAUCAAGAAACCCUUCAACACCGUGCCACCACCUGCCCCCUUGCAUCACCCACACGACACCCACCUCCACCACCAUCACCUCAACUAUCACGACUACAAGAAUCCCGCGGAGAACGCAUACUCCGCAGUGCCCAUGCGCAGCAGCAGGACUCAACAAGGAUGUGUCGCUGCUCUCGCUGGCUGACCGCCUUGAGAACGACACUGAGGCACCGCCCAGCCCCGCGUCACGCCCACCUAGGACUCCAGCGCCCCAUGCAAGGUGUUUCGGAAUUCCUUCCUGCCGCGCACAUACAGCCACAGGCUUGAAAUCAAGCGACCGCCGGCAGAGAGGAGCCUUCUCCUGGACUUUUGACGAGUACCUUGUUGAAGCACAGAACAUAGACAGCGUUGGAAAUUGGACUAGUACAGUUUGACCAGGGUCCAACAUUGCACCAGGAUGAAGUGAUACACGUGUGUAGAGGUGCCAGGAGGACGGACUCUUGGAACAAGCCUUCCGACAACAGUCAUCAGCCAUCAGCCAUCAGGCAAGCGUGGCGGAACCACUCUGUUGAUUUCCAGCAGCAAAACGUGCGGGAAACACACCACCGAGUAGCUUUCACACGGCUGACAGUGUCCACUCAAUCUCUGGCGGUAGAAGUAGUCGGUGGAGGGGGGAGGGUAGGCGAGGACGCAGCCGCUUGCACCUGGAGGAACGUGUGUGUGUGUGUGUGUGUGUGUGUGUGCUUGGGGAGAAGUAAUUAAACUAGUUAGGUAGUUAUAGUAGUGUGUGUGUGUGUGUGUGUGUGUGUGUGUGUGUGUGUGUGUGUGUGUGUGUGUGUGUGUGUGUGUGUGCGCGCGCGCGCUUGGGGAGAAGUAAUUAAACUAGUUAGGUAGUUACAAUAGUGUGUGUGUGUGUGUGUGUGUGUGUGUGUGUGUGUGUGUGUGGGGAGAAGUAAUUAAACUAGUUAGGUAGUUACAGUAUUUAGAUUUUAUUUAGAAUUUUUCGGGAGAGUGAGAAAUGUAUCAUAAUGUUAUCAUUCUGAGUGUUGGGAACAAGAGUGAGAAGAGAAUUACUAUUCCUGAUUUUUGAUGUAUGCAUUUAUUAAGCUGAGCUGAAACAUGUGCAAAGUUGACAUUAACGUGAAUAAAUUAUUGAUAUCUUGUGUAUUGGAAAUCGAGCUUUUAAAAAGUGGCUAUUCUCACAAUUGUAAUGGACCAAAUUUAUUAAUAGAAAUCAAUGGAAUGUUCAUAUGCUCAAUACAUUACCUGUGUGUGUGUGUGUGUGUGUGUGUGUGUGUGUGUGUGUGUGUGUGUGUGCGCGCGCGCGCAGAGGUAGGCAGAGUGCUUACCACGUACUGUACAGCUCCACUCCUAAUCCACCACAGUGUUGCCAUGCUAUGUAUUGCUUCCUGACCGCCUGUGUUGCCAUUGUACCAAGGUGAAGUCAAUAAAAUGUCGACAAAUG